AUGAUCUACAGACGCGAUGGAAAACACCGCAUCGCCCGGAAACUCAUGGAAAAUGUCCCGGCAAAUCAUUUUUUGCCUUAUCCUUAUCAGCUUGAUUUAUUACAUACGGCUUAUGAGCGAAAUACAAUAAUUUGUCUCUCGAACGAACUGACGAAGAACUUCAUAGUUCUCAGCCUUAUCCGUGAAAUGGGCUUCGAUCGUAGAGGAAAACGUGUCAUUUACUUUACCUCAGAUAAGAAUGUCGCGGCCACAUCCCGCUGUCUUACUCGACACACUGGAUAUUCAGUUGGCUGUUUUCAGUAUGCGAAACCUUACACAGAAUGGCAGCUACCACACUGGAUGGCCGAAUUCAUGAAAUAUGACAUUAUCGUGAUUUCUCCGUGGCUCAUCUGGUCUUUGUGCUCAGGUGCAUCUGGCAAAGAAGUACAACAAUUUGUGUUCAACGGGGGGGGGGGGGGGGGGGGGGGGGGGGGGGGGGGGGGGGGGGGGGCGGGGGGGGGGGGGGGGGGGGGGGGGGGGGGGGGGGGGGGGGGGGGGGGGGGUGGGGGGGGGGGGGGGGGGGGGGGGGGGGGGGGGGGGGGGGGGGGGGGGGGGGGGGGGGGGGGGGGGGGGGGGGGGGGGGGGGGGGGGGGGGGGGGGGGGGGGGGGGGGGGGGGGGGGGGGGGGGGGGGGGGGGGGGGGGGGGGGGGGGGGGGGGGGGGUGGGGGGGGGGGGUGGGGGGGGGGGGGGGAGGAUGGGGAAGUGCGCUUCGUGUCCCGCAGAGGUGGAGCUCAGGGUUUGUGUUGGGGAUCAAAUAUUAAAUGGUCUGGUCGGUGUGUGCGUGUGUGGGGGGGGCUGCCGACUGUGCUCACGGGUCGCGGGGGAUCUACAUAA